AGUUGGCUUUUGAGGGGAUAAUUGUUGCAGUGAGAGCGGUGACCGUGGAAACGAGUCCUGCCCGUCUGAAUUACUUUAGACACCACCAUGAAAAGAAAUACUUGUGAUUUGCUUUCUCGGAGCAAAAGUGCCUCCGAGGAAACACUGCAUUCCAGUAAUGAAGAGGAAAACCCUUUCCGAGGCAUGGAACCCUAUCUUGUACGGAGACUCUCAUGCCGCAAUGUUCAGCUUCCCCCUCUUGCCUUCAGACAGUUGGAACAAGCUGACUUGAAAAGUGAAUCAGAGAACAUUCAAAGACCGACCAGCCUCCCCCUGAAGAUUCUGCCUCUGAUUGCUAUCACUUCUGCAGACUCUAGUGGUACUUUCAUCAACUAUGGGAAACAGCAGCAGCAUCUGGCGUUUGGAGAAUUUUGUAUCUUUCAAGUUACUCAGCUGUAUCCUAAAUUUAUUGAAGCUGUGGAAAAUGGAGAAGUAUCUUAUGUUUUAUAA